AUGGGGCUAGAGAAGAGCCGGCGUCUCUCCGGCAGCCGCGACUUCCGGCAGCGGAUGGUGCUGGCGACGCUCACCUCCACCGCCGUCACCAUCGAGGACAUCCGUUCCGGAGACGCGGCGCCGGAGCUCCGCCCUCACGAGGUCUCCCUCCUCCGCCUCCUCGACAAGAUAUCCGACCGCCACACCAUCGACCUCAACGAGACAGGAAUGGACUUGCCCGGCUUGAUUGUGUUGUGCGUCCUGCCUUCUGGGUUUGGUUACGGUGGUGCUGGUGCUUAUGGGGUGUGGUGCUUGUAUGUGCUUGCAGGAACAAAGAUGAGUGUCAGGGUGCUGGUUGAUACCCUCGUGCUAAUUCUUUUGGCACUUUUAUUCAUUAUAAAAACAAGUCAUAGAAAUGAGGUGGAAAUCAUCCCAGUGUAUGUUUUGCAAUACCUGUUGUUGGGGAAAUGCAUUGAGUGGCCUACAUGGUUACAUGAAAACAAAGUUGAAUGA